UCGAAGAAAAACAAUGGAAAAGAGUGAGAAACUAAAGGACUUGACUUUUCCAGAAGAUACAGAAAAAGGGGAACAAAAAUUGUCACAUGACUGUGAUGUCUGUAAAAAGUCCUUCUCUGAAAAGGGCAACUUGAAUAAGCACAAACGUAUUCAUACAGGGAAGAAACCAUUUCACUGUGACAUUUGUGGCAAAUCAUUCCCCAAUCAAAGUGAUUUAAAUUCUCACAAACGUGUUCAUACAGGAGAAAAGCCAUUUCACUGUGACAUCUGUGGUAAAUCCUUCUCUCAGAAAGGCAGCUUGACAACACACAAACGUAUUCAUACAGGAGAGAAGCCUUAUCAUUGUGAUGUCUGCGGUAAAUCAUUCUCUGACCAAAGUGCUUCCAAUUCUCACAUACGUGUUCAUACAGGAGAGAAGCCAUAUCAGUGUAACAUCUGUAGUAAAUCAUUCUCUCGUAGUAGUGCUUUCUCUUCUCACAAACGUAUUCAUACAGGAGAGAAACCAUAUUCCUGUAAUAUCUGUGGUAAAUCAUUCCCUCGCAACACUUCUUUAACUGAUCAUAAACGUGUUCAUACAGGAGAGAAACCAUAUCACUGUGAUAUCUGUGGUAUAUCUUUUUCUGUAAGUAGUGCAUUAACUAGUCACAAGCGUAUUCAUACAGGAGAGAAACCAUAUCACUGUGAUAUCUGUGGUCAAUCAUUUUCUGUAAGUAGUGCUUUAAUUAGUCACAAGCGUAUUCAUACAGGAGAGAAACCAUAUCACUGUGAUAUCUGUCGUAAAUCAUUCUCUGUAAGUACUGCAUUAACUUCUCACAAACGUAUUCAUACAGGAGAGAAGCCAUAUCACUGUGAUAUCUGUGGUAGGUCAUUCACUCAACAUAGCAACUUAACUUCUCACAAACGUGUUCAUACGGGGGAGAAACGCUCCGUCUGAUAUUUGUUGUAAAUCAUUCUCUGUAAGUGGUGACUUAACCCUUUACCAUGCAGUUAAUUCUGUUGAAUGUUAUGUUUAUUUAUUCACAUUAUUUCCAAUUUGUCAUGCAUUAUCUCACAGCUUUCAAAAUUUGAUGAAUGGUUUGUUUAGUUUUAGAGUAACAUUGUAGGGUAGGUGUAAAAGGCCAACUCUGGCUAGUUUGAACAUAAAAUUGGUAGAAUAUUUGUGCCAGAUGUGACUGGUUUAAAUACUGAAGGGUUAACACUAGAAGUACCAACUUUUCUUAUUUCUUACAAAGACCAUAACAGUUAUCUUUGACUGUCAUUGAAAAUCGGUAAUAUUUAUUUCAAACAUCAGCAAAUGCAGUGAAUAAAGGAUUUGAAAAUACAUUCUAUUAGCAUUUAUUUACAUACAAAAAGUAUAUAUCUAUACACACAUAUAUGAAAUGAUGCUUAAUGUAACCAUUCAUGAAAAUAACAAGCAUUUUGAGCUCCUCCUAAAUUGGUGGUAGUGUUGAGUGCUUACUGCAUUACAUUAACUAAGCUACUCAUCUGGGAAUUGAUGUAAUUGUCAAAGUUCCUUUUAUGCCAAAAUAAGAAAAAAUGGGGCGACACUAUAACUAUAAAUGUAUUCACACAGGUGAGGAGAUAGAGCAGAGUGUGAUAAAAACCUCCCAACUUUAUAGUUUAUGUCGCCACAUCUAAGAUAUUUUACCUGUGGGAUGUAUUUUUAAGAAAGGCAUCUUUUUUCCAGAUUUUAAAUUUGUUUUGCAUGAAUUUUGUCAUGAAACUAUUAUAACCAGACGUGGCUGUGUGGUAAGGAGCUUGUGGGCGCCGAAUACCCCUCUCAUUUAUAUCAUCCAUACCUUAUCGUUCAUGUCACUAAUGUUUUUGUCCAGCCCACUGUGCUUCUGGCAAUUCUGUAUCCAGCCUAUAUGGCUAAUUCGAUGAAAUAAAGAAGCUUGAUUCUGCG